GUCGACGCAGCCCUUCUGUCACCUUGGUCUGAUAGCUGCAAUACAUUAGAACUGCUGCAUCCCCACUGGUCAUGUGAUUAAUCAGAUGAGGAAGACUUAAUCCAAUUAGGAUACAAGAUAGGUUGUAUGCACGACUAAGCUUACAGUCAGGUCAGGACAUUCUCGUGAGUAAUCCUAAAGGAGGAAGGAGUGUAAAAAGGUCCUACACCAUGUCCAUUGUCAAGAUCCAUGCCCGGGAGAUCUUUGAUUCCCGCGGAAACCCUACUGUAGAAGUUGACCUCUACACUGAGAAAGGGCUCUUUAGGGCAGCUGUACCAAGUGGUGCAUCCACUGGUAUCUACGAAGCUUUGGAGCUUAGGGACAACGACAAGUCACGUUACCUUGGGAAAGGCGUUUUAAAGGCAGUUGAAAACAUUAAUUCAACUAUUGCCCCUGCGCUUGUCGCCAAGGAUGUGUCUGUGGUUGAUCAAGAAACAGUUGACAGGAUGAUGCUCGAGUUGGAUGGUACAGAGAACAAGUCCAAACUUGGUGCAAAUGCUAUUCUGGGUGUGUCGCUUGCUGUUUGUAAAGCUGGUGCAGCUGAGAAAGGAGUGCCCUUGUAUCGUCAUAUUGCUGACCUUGCAGGAAACCCGGAGGUCAUCCUGCCUGUGCCGGCCUUCAACGUGAUCAACGGUGGAUCUCACGCAGGUAACAAACUUGCUAUGCAGGAAUUUAUGAUCUUGCCCAUCGGUGCUAGCACCUUUAAGGAAGCCAUACGCAUUGGAGCUGAGGUCUACCAUAAUCUGAAGAACGUAAUUAAGAAGAGGUAUGGCCAGGAUGCUACCAAUGUUGGGGAUGAAGGUGGCUUUGCUCCAAACAUCCUUGAGAAUCAAGAAGCUCUUGAGCUGUUAAAGGAGGCCAUUGCUAAAGCUGGAUACACAGAUGAGAUUGUAAUUGGCAUGGAUGUGGCAGCAUCAGAAUUCUACAAGGAUGGGAAAUACGACCUGGACUUCAAGUCGUUUGAUGAUCCAAGCCGUUACAUCACCCCCGAUGAGCUGGCUGACCUUUACAAGAGCUUUGUCAAGGAUUAUCCAGUGGUAUCCAUUGAGGACCCCUUUGACCAGGAUGACUGGCAGGCCUGGACCAACUUCACAGAGACCACAGAUAUCCAGGUCGUCGGUGAUGAUCUCACAGUCACCAAUCCCAAACGCAUCACCCGGGCUGUUGAGGAAAAGGCCUGCAACUGUCUCCUGCUCAAAGUCAAUCAGAUUGGCACGGUUACUGAGUCAAUGGAGGCUUGUAAGAUGGCCCAGGCCAAUGGCUGGGGGGUGAUGGUCAGCCACCGGUCUGGAGAGACAGAGGAUACCUUCAUAGCUGAUUUGGUUGUUGGCUUGUGUACUGGACAGAUCAAAACUGGUGCACCCUGUCGCUCUGAGCGUUUGGCCAAGUACAACCAGAUUCUUAGAAUUGAAGAGGAGCUGGGGGACAAGGCUCGCUUCGCUGGGAAAAACUUCAGAAACCCGUUGAUUAAUUAAUUAGAACUUUCUAUGCACAAACAGGUUCAUAUUUGCAUACAUACCAACACAUUAGAUGAGAAUGUAAAACUAAAUAUUUAAGGGAAGUUGUCUGAAUAGAACUGUCCCCAAACUUACCAUAACUGUUAGUUUGUAGCGAUAAUAAAAGAACUGUAGUUCUGUUUAGGUCUGUUGAAAUGAUGUGUAGGCUUAAUAUUUAUUUACGUGAUACUUGUUUACAAUACUGACAAAACUGUAAUCAAUGGAGCUGGAAGAGGCACAAUCAAUAAAAAAUUGCUUGAUGACACAAUGUACUGUGAUUUUU